UAGUCGUUCCGUUAGUAAAUGGCACAGGACUUCAGGGGUAUCGCGUCAUGUCUGACUUAAACUACCUGUGGAAUAAUGUAUUUUUCUGUUAAUGGUAGGAAAACUUAAAUUGUCGGGUGAAAAUGUCUAAAUUCCACACGCUGAGGUCCUCGGUGGAGCAGAGACUGACCGAAGCCGCUCAGGAGAUAUUUACCCUGUUCGAAAGAACAAUAGCAGAGUACGAACAGGAACUUCGUCUUUCACAAGUGGAAAACGAACGAAAACAGGAACUGCUGGACUCUGUUUUGAAGCCACAAGUGCAGUUGCAAAAAGAGGGUGUCCUGCCUGUAUCUGUAGUUAAAGAGGAAGUCCUCCCUGAGCUGCAAGAAUGGAACCCCAGUCUGGACCAGGAGGACCCAGAGCUAUCCUGCAUUAAAGAACAGGAGAAGGAAGUGGAGGAAGUGUGGCCCAGUGAGGAGGGUGAACAUCUUCAGGGACUGGAGGAGGUUAACGCCAUCAACGUCCAAUACACUAAUAUCUCCGUAAAGACAGAGAAUAAUGAAAAGAAACUCGAAUCAUCACAGAGGAUCGGAGAGGACACAGAUGAAGACUGUGGAGGAUCAGAACCAGUCAGCAGCUUCUAUCUAGAUUCAUAUUUACUACCAAUUAGUAAUGAAACAAAUGACAGUGACAAGUGGACACAGAGCAGUGAACCUGAAUCAGAUUUGUUCAUAAAGAUGAAACCUCCAGCCUUCAGUUCAACCACACAAAUGGAAACAGAAGCUGAUAAAGCGGACUGUGAAGGACCAGAACCAGACAUGAACCUAAACCCCAAAAUUGACCAUGGACCAGUCUUACCAAGUCAGUUUUCCGAGUCCAUGUGUGGAAAAAUCUUUGAUGGGAAGAGUUCUUUAGAGAGACAUAAGGACAAUACUAUUAGAUUUUCUCUGAACACAAACCUUACAGGUCACACAUCUUAUUUAGUUGAGACAAAAGUUACAACAUCACCUAAUAAUAAAACAAAAAUAAAUGACUGGGGAUGUAAAAUGAAACAAAAUCACUGCUCUCAAUACGGUGAAGCAUUUACACAGAAAGUGCCUGCUCACACUGGAGAGACACUGUUCAUCUGUCCAGUUUGUAAGAAACAUUUUGCACAGAAAAACUCUCUUAUGAAACAUAUGGAAAAUCACACAGAAAAACCCUUUAGCUGUUCAGUAUGUGGUUUGAGAUACGCUUUUGAGUCGGGGUUACGUAGUCACAUGAAAGUCCACACAGAAGAGCGACCAUUCAGCUGUCCAGUGUGUAAGAAGCAGUUUAAACAGAGCAGUCACGUUAGAGAACACAUGGUACUUCACACCGGAGAGAAAUAUGUUUGUUCAGUCUGUGGUAAAAGAUUUUCUCACAACUCAAACUUACAUCGUCACAUAAGGAUCCACACAGGAGAGCAACCAUUCAGCUGUACAAUUUGUAAGAAACAAUUUUCACGUAAAAGUUCUGUUCAGAUGCAUAUGGGAAUCCAUACGAGAAUGAAAAUGCUGAAUUAAAUUAAUGUGCUGCUCUGGCCCCGCCCCAUGCGCUGUUAUUACAUGUCCAGUAUCUUCUGCACUGGAGUUUGAAGAACAGUAACAAGUACAGUGUGUUAUGUGGAGCAGAGUCAAGAAUGAAUGAAUAUUUUUAUUUUGGUUACGUGCAAAAACACAAGUAUGUGUGUGUGUGUGUAUAUAUCAGCCUGACAUAGUGAUGGUGGAUAAGCAUUGAAAGACAGCGGUAGUGAUAGAUGUAGCAAU